AUGAGAACUCACACAGGUUGGAGGCCACAUCCUUGUGAAACAUGUGGGAAAAGUUUCAGUUACCCGAGUAAUUUGUCAGUCCACAUGAGAAGUCACACUGGUGAGAAGCUGCAUCCUUGUGGCACAUGUGGGAAGCGUUUCAGUACACAGAGUAAUUUGUCAGUCCACAUGAGAAGUCACACUGGUGAGAAGCCGUAUCCUUGUGGCACAUGUGGGAAGCGUUUCAGUACACAGAGUUAUUUGUCAGUCCACAUGAGAACUCACUCAGGUGAGAGGCCACAUCCUUGUGAAACAUGUGGGAAAAGUUUCAGAACACGGGGUCAGUUGUCGGCCCACACGACAACUCACACAGGUGAGAAGCCGUAUCCCUGUGAAACAUGUGGGAAAAGUUUCAGUGCACAGGGUAGCUUGUCGGCCCACAUUAGAACUCACACAGGUGAGAAGCCACAUCCUUGUGCAACAUGUGGGAAACGUUUCAGUACACGGGGUAGCUUGUCAGUCCACAUGACAAUUCACACUGGUGAGAAGCUGCAUCCUUGUGGCACAUGUGGGAAGCGUUUCCGUACACAGAGUAAUUUGUCAGUCCACAUGAGAACUCACACAGGUGAGAAGCCACAUCCUUGUGAAACAUGUGGGAUCAGAUUCACUAAUCGUAAUUCUUUGCUGCGCCACCUGAAAUGCCACAUGGAGAUGAGUUCAUGAAAG